AUGAAAAAAACAGAAAAUAGUUCAUCUAAUGUUGCAGCCAAAACUCCAUCAGAUGCAGGAAAUGAUUCAAAAAGCCGUAUACAUUCAUUUAUUCGUUCAGCUGUACCAACUGAUCAACAAAUUAAUCUUUAUACAAAUCAUUUUCAAAUCAAAUUUUCUAAACAAGCAAAUGAAAUAAUUCUUGAUCGAUUUGAUAUUGAUGUUGAACUUUUCAUAUAG